AUGGCGACGCACAACGGAACAGCACCCGCGCCCAGGGCUCCGCAGUUCGCAAGGAGGCAAGACAUUUCUGUACCUUUUAUGUCCAGCCCAUCUUUCCAAGACAACCCCCCAAAGAUUGAUGAAUUCCCACGAGGCUAUCCUUCCCUAUCUGCAUUUCUCAGUGGCGAUAGGGAAUUUACCAUGUUCCGAUCCUUCACGCGGCUUCACGCCCGUGUACUGCUUCAUAAGCAAGAUGAGCUAGCAGAGCUAGAGCAACGACUUGAUCAACUCGAUCAAAAAGAUAGCAAAGUUGAUUCGUAUCGCCUACUUACGAAUAGGCACAGCAGCGGAGAUACAGAACGCCGCGCGCUGCUCAGUGAGAUUGAAGGUAAACUGAAUGAUUUCAAACGUCCUGAGCCAGAAGAGUCGCAGAUCAAGAGUGUCAGAAACUGGGUUGAUGGUAAGAGGCCAGUUGUCUACUCGGAGACCACUUUUCUCAAUGAUUGGAGCGAUCUGAAACGGGCAAGGCAUACGGUAGAAAAGGGUGGGCUUGAAAAUCUACUCACAAGUUAUUCUAGCUGGCCUAGUUUACGCGGGAUAUAUGAGUUCUUCUCCCUUCUUGAUACAUCUGCGAGAUCGGACGAUCCGAAAGUCAAGCUCAUCAAAGCCUCGAGACUGGUAGCUGUCUCACGUGCCCUGACCACCGUACUGGCUGUUACAACUUUGGUCGUGCCGAUCGGAGUUUUGUACUCAGUACAUCCUGUCCCGAUGCGGCUCUGUAUUAUUGCGGCCUUCACUUGCAUCUUCUCGUCAGCACUCUGCUGGCUGACGUCGUCUAGAAACUACGAAAUAUUCUCGGCAACGGCGGCAUAUUGUGCGGUGAUGGUCGUAUUUGUGGGCAGCUUGCCAUAG